AUGCCUGUAUGCCUCCACAGACCAAAGGAUACGUAUAUUGCCUAUCUUCCUCUUGCUCAUGUGCUGGAAAUGACGGCUGAGAUCUCUUGUGUGACGUACGGCUGCAGGAUUGGCUAUUCCUCACCACAAACACUGUCUGAUCAGUCAACCAAAAUUAAGAAGGGAAGUAAAGGUGACUGCACCGUGCUGAAACCUUCUCUAAUGGCCGCCGUACCUGAAAUAAUGGACCGGAUCAAUAAGAACGUCAUGAGUAAAGUGCAGGAGAUGAACUGCGUGCAGAGAACCCUGUUCAAACUGGCCUACGACUACAAGCUCGAGCAGAUCAAGAAGGGUUAUGAUGCGCCCCUGUGCAAUAUUUUGUUUAAGAAAGUCAGAGCUCUGCUGGGUGGAAACGUGCGGAUGAUGCUGUCCGGAGGAGCCCCUCUGUCUCCCGCCACUCAGCGCUUCAUGAACAUCUGCUUCUGCUGUCCUGUUGGUCAGGGUUACGGUCUUACUGAGACCUGUGGAGCGGGAACUAUAACUGAGGUUGCUGACUAUAGCACAGGACGAGUUGGAGCUCCUCUGAUCUGCUGUGAGGUCAAACUCAAAGAUUGGGCAGAAGGUUGGUAAAUACUACCAGUUUUCCUUAUUGUAGAUACUUGUUCAUAUCUUAAAUCUUAAAGAAG